AAACAGUCUGAACUUUUCGUCGAUUAUUUAUCAUUUCUAUCGAUAUCUAAGUAUGCUAAUUAGAACAUCAGUGUCGUCUGCUUUUUUAUGUUCAGACUUCAGAAACUUCAGCAGCAUCAGAGCUUUCGAAAGAGACGAAUGAAGUUUAAGAUUAUAAAGAAAACAGAACGAUGACUUUUUUUUGGAAAAGUGAACGUGGCUGAAUGAAAAAUAGGGCAACAAAUAAAAUCACAGAAAUGUGGUCGUCGUGUGAACACCCCUGAACAUCUCUGGCUCUCCAUUUUGCUCUCCACUCCAUGCUGUGUGGCAGAUAAACAGCAUCCCGUUGGAUUGGAAAAACUACCGAGAUGCCGCUCCGAAUUACGUCUCUCUUAUUCCCCUUUCUUUAAAGUCCUCGUGUACACCCAUGAGAGUGUGGGGGUAUUCACGAGGACCCCCUUUUUCCUAUCCUGCAUGGCGUAUUCGACUUUUCAACGGAUGGAGCACCUUUGGAUGCCUGGCUGUGGAUUUCCCGGGCUUAAAGGUAGGACACAUUUAUCUUUAUUCUUCCUGUUUAACUAUCUGAUUGCGUUGAUUACAAAUCGUACAAUUUGGAGUACGAUUAUUCCUGAGCUAGACGGUUGACUAGGACUGUUGUCUCUUGUCGUUUUUGUUGACUCAGUCAGGGUUCAUUCAAUAAUAACUCGUUUGUAAAACGACUGCAGAUCAGGCUUGUUUUGUUUUUAACCUCACAACUUUUUCUGUGGGUAAACAAUUGAAUAAAAAAAUUUUUGUACUUAAAAAACUUCAAGCAAAGUGCAACUAGACAAUCUUGUGAGUUGUGACUAAGAGGGAGAGGGACCUGCUGCCACACAGGCACCUCCUCCUUGAUGUGGCAACAUCUGUAGUGCAGUGUUUAUCACGGUUGCCUCACACGCAACAGGUCCUCAGGUCGAUCCUGAGCAGAUGUAAGGGAUGAGUUAAAUGAGCAACUUGAAGUAAUGUAUUUCUCAUGCCAAAUUUAUUCCGGCUUUCCGUGAUGUUGGAACACUAUGGUAACUCACAUUGUGGACACAAUCCUGUCAUCAGAAUUCGAUUCCUAAUCAGGCAAUGGAAAACAUUUCCAUGGUUACGUGAAUCCAAACAGUUCAACAAGAAAAAUAUGAAUUACCCUCAGUCCCUCACUUAUCUAUUAGUUUCACCCCCAAAUGCACGGCUAAAACCGAGUGCGCCAAAUUAAAAUGUCAAUUUUUGAGCAGCUACGCCCAUUUGUCAGCCUCUGCCAAGCUUGUGGCAUGAUGCCUUUCACCGUCGAACAAAAUUUAAUAACCAACAAAUUUGAGAAGUUUACAUUCUCUUUUAGACACUUUACUACGUGGUGGUUUUUUCUCAUUUUACUUUUGUUGCAGCCCGCAUUCUUUUUCGUAAUGAGGAACAUGACCAAGGAUGCACCAACCGAUUUAUUGUAUGGCCAAGACAUGCCCAUCACCGUUCACAUGAUGUUAUUUGUAUCUGCAAUUGGCACCAUUGUCGAAUUGGUAUUGUCCCGCUGGAUUGUCCUGCAAUACCGCAAACUGCGAUGUGCGAUCGAAGCUGUUCAAGAAGUUGAACAACUUUUGGGAAAGAAAUUUAUUUCGCAGCACCAGAGCUCCGUAACGGCACGAUUUGUCAUCGGCUUCAUUCUCGCCAUUUUAGUGUCCGUAGGUUGUGUGAUUACGAAUGAACCAGCAUAUGAAGAGUUGUUCCCGAAAAAUGUGAACGUCUUCUUAAUGACAUUUAUGUAUUUCGUGCUCGUGCUUCUCUUCGUGUUGUUUCAAUGCACGUACCUUUUGUUCUAUAUGUGCUAUUACGUCAUCGCUCAUUACGUGCAACUAUUACUACAUUCAGAUGUCAAAGAACGGCGAAUUAUUUCCUUAAAAGCGAAGGAAAGUAGAGAUGUUAUGAGAAGAAACAUCCUCAUUUUUGAUUAUCUUUGCCGAGCCUCGCAAGAAUUAAAUUGCGUUUUUUCCGUCCCCAUUUUAAUUCUGUUGACGUCAAAAUUUAUGUCGGUCGUCGCCUUUGCCUUCGCUUACAUUUACAACAAAUUUAUUCGUUAUGACGACAUGUUAGAGAAUCACUCCAUGAUGUUUGCUUCGAUGUUCUUUGUUUACUGGAUCCAAAUUUUGGUUCUACUCACUGCUGCUGACAUGCCCGCUAAUCAGGUUCGGCUUCUCCGCGAAAGAGCUACCACAAUAUCCUCUUCCGGUUUGUUUCAAUCGUUGGACGGAAAGUUAUUAGCAAUGACUUCCCUGAUUCAGAUUGAUGAAAAAAGGAUCCGUUUAUCUGCCGCUGGGCUGUUUGAAGUUGGUGUGCAUCUUAUUCCGGCUUUGGCAGGUGCUGUUGUGACCUACAUGGUUAUUCUCCUUGACACUUAAUCAAUACCAAUGAGCAAUGAUGCAAGUUGAAAUAAUAUUGAUGCUGUCGCGAACUCAAUGAGAUCCUCCUCUGUUUACUUUUAUCUGAACUAUUUACAGUCACAUUUUCCCGUCUAACAGCAAAUGAUGCAGUUAUUAACUAUUAUCGAAUUCUAAUUGGGCGACUGUAGUGCUUAACUUCUUAUUAUUAUGGUUGCUUCUUAGGCACUUUGUUUAUUCAAGCUUAAUUUUUUAUUUGGGAGCGCAAACAAAACUUGCACUUUGCACCUGCCCAGGAUCGAAUUGACGACCUGUUGCGUGUAAGGCAACCGUGAUAACUACAGAUGCUUGGCUUAAGUGUGUGUUUAAAAGAUUAAGAGCACGCAAUGAUAUUGAUUGGGCAGACAUGAUUGGAAGCAAUAAAACUAGAUCAAACUAUAUUAUUGUCUACCUUUUCAUGCUAGGACAGGCUUUUUAAUCUAUCAAAAUGGGUCGAUGGAUGAACGCAAACAUUUGUUUUCGGUUGACAUGGGUGGUGAAUGCCAUCAUUUUGCAAUUACCCGAGCAAUACAUAAUUUGUGCUCGCAUGUUUUUCUUUAUUGCUUUCAUCAAUACAAUGAAGUACCGUAUGCAGACAGAAACCAACACAUGAAAACGCUUGUGCUAGAAUUUUUUGGUACUCUAAGUCUAAUAUAGCUGCAGUGUAUUGAAACAAGGCAUUGAUGACGGUGGUAGGGCGGUAAACAGUAGCAACUAAAAAUGCGUGUCUUUCUCCAACUACGGCCGUUUGUUUGGUUUUGUCAAUUCUUUGGCAUCAUUCCUUUCUUUAUGGUAAUCGACGAUUCGCCAGCCAAAACUUUCAAAAGGUUUUCCUUCUCCUUGCGUCAUCCGGUGACGUGGUGGUUCUCAUUUCUCUUCAUUUCCCUAACAGUGCUCCCGGUUUUAGACAUCCAAGUUGUUUGGCAAAUCAUCCCUCACUCAGAUGAUGCGCCAACACAUGUACCCCCCAUCUUUCUGGGUUUUAUACUACAAGAGCAUGUGUUUUCCUUUAUCUUACUUGCUUCGGCACGUUACAUGAUUUUCAAACACGCGUGCAUACGUCGGGCUGUGUCUUUGGUGCAAAAGGUCAACAAUGAACUUAUGGUGGAGGAUAUGCCAUCAGAAUACAUCCCCGCAGUGCGGAAACAUGUCAUUGCGGCCAUCCUUUCCCCAUUGAUUGCUAGCAUUUCCGUGCUGGUUUCAAAUCCUACUGCAUACAACUCAAGAGUCCAAACUGCUGGAUUGGCCUUCACUGUUUUGAAUCUAAUUUCCCGAUGCAUCAUGAUUGUAAUGGUAAUGGGCUCAUUUUUGCUCAGUUACCUUUGCUACUUUAUUGUCUCUUGCUACAUCCGGCUUAUUGCCUUGAACUUGGAACGACCGCAACGGCUUCCGGAAGUGAAAAUGCUUGUUGAAAAGGUCUCGGAAACAAGAAAAACUGCAUGGAUUCCUGUGAAAGAUACCAGCAGGAAACAAAAACUGAAAAACAGCAAAAGAAUGUUUGGAUAUUUGUGCGAGGCGCUCGUCGAAUUGAAUCAAGCGUUUUCAUUCCCCGUAUUAAUCUUCUUAACGCUCAGGUUGAUUUCAUCAGCGUUUAGUCUCUACGUUGCCAUUAGCGGACUCUUGAACGCCAAUAAUUUAAUCUUUCGAGCUCUGGUUCCUGCGUUUGCCAUGAUAUCCAUCAUUGGUCUGUUUGGUAUUCUAAUCGUAUUCAGAGCUGCAGAUUUGCCGAUCAUUCAGAUGCGAGAACUUCGCGAGAGGAUCUUUAGCAUUUUGAACGAAGAAAAAGAUCUUGACAUGGAUAUGGAAUUGGAGGCGGUGGCAUUUCUCCAAGAUAUUUCCGAGGAAAGAGUUCGAUUGUCAGCUGCAGGACUUUUCUCGGUUGGCAUGAAUCUCGUACCAUCCUUGACUGCGGCGAUUAUAACUUACCUUAUUAUCUUACUUCAAACCAAACUGGUUUAGUCUUCAAUCUUCAUUACUCUGAUGGAUGCAACACUCAAAAUAUUUGUUUGAAACCAGCAAAAAUAAUUGUUACACUGCUUGUGGAGGUUUAUUUUCACCCUAUUUGUUGAAUUAAAAUUACACAGAAUCAUUAAAA